CGUCAAUGAAGCUGCCGUAUGUGCCCCAGUGAAAAGUGUCAGCAAGGAGACACUCCAGAACAUAGCCAGUGGUGAAAGAUCCCCCUGCAGUAUCACUUUUGGCCAAUAUGCAUGUGCACAGAGUGCUUGGCUUCAGGUUUUCAGGGAUGAUUUCCUCAAGUCCUUAUAUCCUUGCCUCAGCUCCAAACCCAUCAGUGCUAUGGAUUCCAUGUAUUCCAUUUUGUUCUUUUCCAAAUUUCACACCAAUGUACUUGUAGCUGCCCUGGAGAAGUUCAAUAAUCGGGUCUCUCGAGUGCCUCUUUCGCAGGAGUGGAACGUGAUUUUCUUCAACGGCAUCUGGGAGAGAAUGCUGCAAACACCUGAUGUGACUAGCCCUCCUGUUUUGUCCCAAUGGCUCAAGAGACUUCAGCCAUUUAUGGUCAACCCAAAGGUCUUCACUUGUCUUCAUACCAAAAAUACAUCAUGUGAAACACUUCACAAGAUAGUUGCUGGCCUGAAUGGCAUCUAUUCUAACCUCACAGUGGAAGACCAGAGGAAUAUUUACAAAGGGCUCAAAUAUUAUCUCACAGGGGAUGGACCGAAGCAGAAUUGCUACAAUGCAGCUCUUCCAAGCCUGAGUUCCACUGCUUGGUUUGCUAGUUAUUUGGGUUCCUUUAUGGAGCACGCAUUAGUGGGAGACCUACAGCUCUUUGCUGAUGAGCCAACUCUUCAGAAAUUUGCUCGAGAUCCAGUCAACUUACAACUGAUCAGUAACCUCAGUUUACCCAGGGAGACAGCUGUGUAUUACACCUCAUUCCUUACCUCUGCACCUGGCUUCCAACUAGCAAGCCUCCCGGACAGCUUGGUUUGCUACCUCAGCCCCUCUGCAGUAAGCGACCUUGACAGAAAGGACGCUUUAAAUCUGGCUCGGAGGAUCACUAAAACCUGUGUCCCAGGUCCGAUGCACAGAGGCACCAGCGAGGAGAGACCUGCACCUUCUCUGACCACCGAGGAGCGGCAGGUUGCAUCCUUGUUGGUGAACAAAUUUGAACAAUUCCCUCCCGAAACCCUGAAUGCCUUGGGUCAGGCUGCAGUUGGGCUGUCCAUGUCGCAGAUUGAGACUGGCAUCAGCAACAGAGACCUCAAAGCAUCUCUUCCUUCCCUGAGCGAAGUUUAUGGCUGGAAUGCUGAACAGUCCAGCGCUAUCGUUGACAAAUUAUUCAACUCUGGCUAUCAGAUCUUGGAUGCACAAAACUUGGCAGCACUAGGGAGUUUAGUGGCUGGCUUAAGCAGCAGCAAACUUCAAAGUCUGUCUCCAAAAGUGAUCUUGGAAGCUGUUAAGAUCCCUGGGUUUGUGAAGCAGAUAGUGACCCUGCCCUCCGCUCUGAAAACAGCACUUGUGGAAAAGAUUGCUUCAGCUGCAGGGAGCCCCGUCAAUCUGGUUAAAUAUGUCCCAGACAGUCUGGCUAGCUACAUCCCGAAAUCACUGCUGGCUUUUGGUAACGAAACGCCCAGCAUUCAGGAGCUCAACCAGAAACUGUGGAGCCGGGAACAAGCCGCCAUGUUUUUCAACGAUGUAAUAAAGACAGAGUCCGACUUCAGCAGACUUUCCCCUUCUGUCCUCCAAGGCUUCAUCUGCACAGCAGCCAAUGAGAUGGAAACAGAGAGAUUUCAGCAGCUUGCCAAAGCCAUGAAGCAGAAGAAUGUCAAGCUAGGAGAAGACCAGCUGAGUUGUUUGGCUAAGAGGGUGACGCUCAACAGCAUUCCCAAGGAUUUAGACAACUAUCCUAAAGACAUCCUACUGUUUUUAAGCCCUUCAGAUUAUGCAGGGACCGGAAGCUGUCAACAGUACUUCAGCAACGUUGGGGAAGCAAACAUUGACCUGCUGCAGAGAGAUUCUCCACAGCGGAAACAGCUGCUAGCAGAAGCCUUAUCUUGUUUGAAAAUUCCUGGCACCACGGUGAGCGAAGAAAACGCAGAGAUUCUGGGCCACUUGGUUUGUGACCUCAGCGAAGAAUGCAUCAGAAGUUCCAGUGGGAGUUUGCUGCCGCAGUUAAAUGAAUGUGAAUCCUUCAUGCCCAGUCAAGAAGAGGCGAUCAGAAAUGUCCUCAGCAGCGGAAGCACUCAGUUCGGGCCCCCUUCAAAGUGGUCAGCUUCCACCCUGAAUGAGCUCCGUGGACUAUUCCGUCUAUUUGAUCGUAAUAUCUUGCAAAAGAUCCCUCAGAACGUUUUAACUCCUUGGCUGAAAAGCUUUAUGCAUGAUUCACCAUUGCCGAGAGAGCAGCUGGCCUCCAUUGUUAAAAACCUCCUGCCUUCCAGGUUGAAACGCGCUGCCGAGUGCCCGGAGGGUAAGAUGAUAACAGAGGAGGUGGUAAAGGAUGAACUCAUGCCUAUUUACUAUACCCCUGAGGAAUUACAGGCCUGUUUGCAGGGUGUCACCCUGGUUGACCACCUGGACCUAAUGGCACAAUACCCCUUCACUGAUCAGCAAUUGGCUGUGCUGAAGAAGAAGCUGGAUGAGCUGUAUCCCAAUGGAUACCCUGAGAAGAUAAUUCCCAACCUUGGGGCCAUCUCUUCCUUUGUCACCACGGAUGACAUUAAAAAAUGGAAUAUAACCUCAGCACAUACGCUUGCCUUCCUGCUAAGCAAUGAGCCUCCUGAUGAGCAGGCUGCUCUAAUUAUCACAAAAUACACUGACUUGGGAAACCCACUGAACGUCACUGCUCUGAGUGCAAUCGGUACAAGAUAUAUAUGCCUUCUGAAGGAGCCCCAGUUGAAAAUGAUAGAGCCCAGCAACCUCAAAAUGGCCAAGUCGCUGGACCCUUCAGCCUGCCCUCAGUCUACAAAAGACUUCCUGUACCCCAAAGCUAAACAAGCUUUCUCCGACCAACGUAACCAGUUCCCGGCUUAUUACAACCUCAUCAAGUCAUAUCUAACCGGUGCUCCUGGAGAGGACCUAAGAGCUCUCAGCAAAGAUAACGUGAACAUGGAUAUCAGAACUUUCAUGACCUUGAAAAAAGACUCCUUGCUGAAUCUAACAGCUGACGAUAUCAAGGGCUUGCUCGGACUAAAUCUUGAAGAACUGAAAAAACAACAAUACAAUUCACCUGUAAAGGACUGGAUCCGAUUGCAGAGACAGUCAGAGCUGGAUAAACUGGGCAUUGGGCUCACUGGGGGAAUACCAGAUGGAUAUAUCAGUAUUCCACCCAAGUUCGAAGAGCCAACAUCAGCCUUUCUGAGGACCAGCAUCAGCAUGUUCCACCUACUGCCUGCAUUGCUCCUAAGUGUUCUCCUGACUUCAUUCCUGUCGUGAAAAGCUUCCCCCCCAGCAAACAGGAAAGGGGAACUAAAUCUUGAUUUCUCUACAGUGUGUCACAGGAAGACCCAGAAACAUACAACUGCAGGGAAAACCCUAUAUCAGCAGGCAGCAAGUGGGAGAGCAGGAGCCAUCUUAGCUGCUUUCCUUUUUUUAUUCAUUCAGUUCGAAAACAAGAUUGUGAGCUCUUCUGGGCAGGGACCCUCUGCUUGCUCUGCAUUUGUACAGCACCUAGUGCCAUGGGAUCCUGGUCCACUGGGGCCCAUAGAUCAUACCACAGAAUGCAAAUAAUAAAUAAUCAUAAUCUUACCACAUAAACUGUAUGGUAUUAGCCCAGUAGGCAAAGGGGUUAGAGGAUGGGCUGGUAUCAGGAUAUCGUGCAUGCUUAAGAAUUUAUCGAAAGCUUGCUGUUUGCCCGCUGCAAGGGUCUGUGGACUGGACAUGGAAAUCAUUGGGUGGUUUUUAAAAAAAUAUAAAGGAACUGGGUUGAAAAUUGCAGAAGCAAGACGGCAGGAUUAAUAGCGCCAUGCUCUGUUCUGCGAGGCACAGUCCAGGGUCUACAUUGUUUUGUGAGUAUUGGCCAAAAUAAACAGUCAGGAAUCCCAAA